UUAUAACCUUUGAACAUACUCAAAUAAAAAUUAAGAAGACAGGGGCACUUGGGUGGCUUAGUUGGUUGAGCAUCCAACCCAACUCUUGAUUUCUGCUCAGGUCAUGAUCCCAAGGUUGUGGGAUCGAGCCCCAAGUUGAACUCCAUGCUGAGCGUGGAGCCUGCUUAAGAUUCUCUCUCUCUCCCCCCCCCCUGUCUCUGUCUCUCUCUCUCUGUUUCUCCCUUUCUCCAUCUGCCCCUCACACAAGAAAUUAAGAUAAUCAUCUCUUAAGGAAAAGAAUGACAGAGAAUCAAAUUCAGAAGUAUUGCAAGUAGAAUGUCAAUGCUGUAAUCCAAGUUAAGUCACUUUUCCUUUUUCUCCUUUAAUUUCACUUAAUUGUAACUCUUAACUCUGUUGAUUUUGCAGGAUGUAAUGUGAGGUAUCAGAGUUUUCUGGCAGUUAAAACAUAAUGUUUACCUUGGCUGUCACUUUCUUGUGGUGGGCUAUAAGUCCUUUUUCUGUAAGGCUUUGAAUUUCUUUUUUUUUUUCACUUUUUAAAAAAGUAAAGGUUGGGGGCAACAACUGUUGAGAUCAUCUUAGACCUGAAGACAAAUAGUAAGUUACUCUUAGCUAUUUCUUCCCUUGCCAGCUCAGCUUUCAUUCCAAGAAUAUGAAAGACAGCAGAAGCAAAGGAAUUAUCCAGCUUCACUAAUCAGUCUUUGUUGUUGCUAGUAUUACAGUGAAAGUUCUCACUGAAGUUGUUGGAGUUUUAAAACAAUGUGUAGAAUAACAGAAAAGGUGUCCCACUAACCAUAUGGAUAGUCCAUAUGAGGAUCGCUUUUCUUAUUCACUUAGAACUGAAUGGUGAAUUUGGAAAGUUCUUUAUUUUGUGGCGACUCCAUUUAGCCUAUUGGAAAGGUAUAAGAAAGCGAGGUGAGAAAAAAUGAACCUCAGAGAGCCUGUAUCUGAAAAAAACACCUGUUCCAUUUGCAAACUCAUUGUGCCAGGCUUACUGUCCUAAGUGCCAGAAACACCUAGGAUGUGAAGAGUACACGUCCUGCCUUCAAAGCCUUGGUCUACCCAGGGGAGAGAGAUAAGAGAAAAAUCACCAUGAUAUGGUGCAAUAAACACAUACUUCAAAAACACAGACGAGGAAUGACCUGAGCCUGGGGAAGGGCUGAUUGAGGGGCAGGCUCCUGAGAAGCAGUUGAAUUUAGCUUGAAGAAAAGUAGGAGAGGUUGCUGGUUGGUUCAGAAUAGAUGGGAAUGGGGUUAGGCAGGGAGGAGUGGCUCUAUCUAGGCAGAGGCAGAGUAUAGGAAACAAGCAGUGGCAAGUGGAUAGAUGUCAUAUUUGUGGGUACUCCUGGCCUCAUAAUACGAGGCCAGAGGGCCAAAGAAUUGAGUGUGAGAAUAGGAUAGGCUUAAAAAGAAAACAUAAGCUAGGGACAAAUUGCAGGCGGUUUGUAUGCCUAACCUGUAUCUUUUCUCCCCUGAAAACAAUGAACAAUCCUCAUAGAUAAUAAAGAAAAUGCAGCAAAGCAUACAGAAUACAAAUCACUCAUAGUUCUACUACCCAGAGAGAGCUGCUUUGAUAUUUAACAUUCCAACUUAUUUUUUUCUGAGCUCAUUUUUAAGGGAAAACAAUUUCAGUAGCCUAAUGUAUGGUCAUUCUGCAUCCUGUUUUGUAGGAUUAAACAUAGGUGCUUUCCUGUGUUAUUUCAAAUUUUCCAUAAGCCAAAUACUGUGUGGCCUCAGAGGCAUUUAAUUAAAGCAUGGAAGUGACAUGAUUAUACAUCUGUGGGUUUUAGAAAAAAUGAGUCAGAUAAAAGGAAAACAGAUGGAGCAGAGUUUGCAAGCAACUACAAUAAUCCAGGUGUGAGAGGAUGAGGUCCUGGACAGAUGCAGCAGAAGGUUAGGACAAGGAAGAGAGGUUUCUAAGGACCUUCUGAUGGAGGUAGGGAAUGAGUCAUGUUCAACUCCUAGCUUGGGUGAAGUGGCCGUUGGUGUAUCACCUACUGAACUACAAGAGAAUAGAAGGAGUGGCAUAUUUGGAGGAAAAAAAAAUAGGUUUAGACAUACGGAAGUUGAAAGAUGUGUGGAUUGUCCUCAUGAAGAUGUCUAAGACAAAAAUGGAAUACUCUGGAGGCGCCUGGGUGGCUCAGCUGGUUAAGAGUCUGACUUUGGCUCAGGUCAUGAUCUCAUGGUUCAUAAGUUUGAGCCCCCCUUGUUUGGAAUUUGCGCUCUCUCUCCCUCUCUCUCUGCUCCUCCCCCAGUCAAAUAAAACUCAAAAAAUGAAUACUCUGGAGGUUUUAUGGUGUAUUGAUUAAGGAUAAAGACAUUAGAAUUAAAAGAGAUGACUUCAAACCCAAUCUUCGUCACAUACCAGCUAGGUGACCUCAGACAUGGUAUUUUAACAUAAUUUGCUAGGCCUUGGUUUCCUAACAUGUUAAUAAUUGAGGUGGAAGACAGGAAGGAAAGCAAUUGUGUUUGGAAUGAUGGGAAGGAGUAGACUUGCUAAUUAGGUUAGUUUUGUACUACUGAGUUUAUGACACCUGCAGGACAUCCAUUUGCAGCUAUUAAUUAGCAAGUGGAAAUGUGGGUCUGGAGCUCAGGAAAGAGGGUAAGAAUGUAAGAGGAUGUACAUAAGGGUGUGAUUAAUACUGCCAAAAUAGAAUGUGCAGGAACAGGAAGAAGGGCAAAGACUGAGCCCUGGAGAGCACAAACAGAAUCAAAAGGGGAACAUAGCUGUGUGAGAGGAAAAAGAAAAGAGAGCAAUGUUAUGAGAAUCACAGGGUUUGGGGGAGGGGGACAUAGGAUUAUUGGUGAGCUUAUGAGGAUUGGACAUCAUAGCUAACUAGCUCAGAGAACCUGGGUAAUCAAAUUAAACAGACUACGUUUAUAUUGCACAUACACUAUGUGCAAGGCACUGCAGAAAAUAAAAGAGGAAACAGCUGCAACAGAGGAUUGAGAUAAAUGAUCAUUACAUAAGAUAUCUUGAGGUAAGGGAAAAAGGGAACUCAAAGAUUAAAUCAAGAUUCAGAGCAAGGCUAAGAGGAUGAAUUCCCCGUUAGCAUAAAUUGAGAAGUCAGGGAGUCUGGAACUCAGUGAGAGAGGUACAGCCUCAAGGGGUGGGGCUUGGAGCUUGAGGACAGUGGAGAAAGCUCUUGUGGUGACUUGUGACUAAGAUUCUGAGGGCCAAGGUCAAGGGUAGUGGGCACAAUCAGCAGUCUCCCCAGCGUUGCUGAGUGACAUGGAACUCAACAAAGAGAAGAUGGAACUGACAGUGGGAGUGAGCCAUGGUCUGCGAGUCAGCAGUGCUAAGAGAACAAGAAGUUUCAAUAGUUCAGAUGUACUCUAUUGCAUCGUUAUUUGAGGCAAUAUUCUGAGAAUCAGCUUUCAACAUAGGAACAUAGUGUCAUUUACAAGUGAAAAAAAUCUUUAUAUUAUAGAGGAACAUCAAAGGAAACUAAUGAACAAAAACUUCACAAAAUAGCCAACGAACUUUUGCUUACAGAAAGAGCUUAUGUCAACCGACUUGACCUCUUAGAUAAGGUAUUUUACUGCAAAUUAUUGGAAGAAGCAAAUCGAGGCUCAUUUUCAGCAGAGAUGGUGAAUAAAAUCUUUUCUAAUAUUUCAUCAAUAAAUGUCUUCCAUAGUAAAUUCCUAUUGCCAGAGCUGGAAAAACGAAUGCAAGAAUGGGAAACUACCCCUAGAAUUGGUGACAUCCUUCAGAAAUUGGCACCAUUCCUUAAGAUGUAUGGAGAAUAUGUGAAAGGAUUUGAUAAUGCAAUGGAAUUGGUUAAAAACAUGACAGAGCGUAUCCCCCAGUUCAAAUCAGUAGUUGAAGAAAUUCAGAGACAGAAGGUGUGCGGGAGCUUGACUUUGCAGCACCACAUGCUAGAACCUGUUCAACGGAUCCCCCGGUAUGAGAUGCUCCUCAAGGACUACCUAAGGAAGUUGCCCCCUGACUCUCCAGACUGGAACGAUGCUAAAAAAUCACUUGAGAUUAUAUCUACGGCAGCAAGCCAUUCUAAUAGUGCAAUAAGAAAAAUGGAGAAUCUAAAGAAACUCUUAGAGAUUUAUGAAAUGUUGGGAGAGGAAGAAGACAUUGUCAAUCCUUCAAACGAACUCAUAAAAGAAGGACAGAUCCUGAAACUCGCUGCUCGGAACACAUCAGCACAAGAACGCUACCUUUUCUUAUUCAACAACAUGUUGCUGUAUUGUGUACCAAGAUUCAGCUUGGUGGGCUCUAAAUUCACAGUUCGAACCAGGGUUGGCAUCGAUGGAAUGAAAAUUGUAGAGACCCACAAUGAAGAGUAUCCACACACUUUCCAGGUAUCUGGAAAAGAGAGAACACUGGAGCUACAAGCCAGUUCUGAGCAAGACAAAGAAGAAUGGAUCAAGGCUCUUCAGGAGACCAUUGAUGCUUUCCAUCAGAGGCAUGAAACCUUCAGAAAUGCAAUUGCAAAGGAUAAUGACAUGCACUCAGAGGUUUCUACUGCUGAGCUAGGGAAAAGAGCUCCAAGAUGGAUCCGAGAUAAUGAAGUAACGAUGUGUAUGAAAUGCAAGGAGUCUUUCAAUGCACUGACAAGGAGAAGACAUCAUUGUCGAGCAUGUGGACAUGUGGUUUGUUGGAAGUGUUCUGAUUACAAAGCUCAACUUGAGUAUGAUGGUGGAAAAUUGAACAAAGUUUGUAAAGACUGUUAUCAAAUAAUAAGUGGAUUCACAGACAGUGAAGAAAAGAAGAGAAAAGGAAUUUUAGAGAUUGAAUCAGCAGAAGUGUCUGGAAACAGCGUAGUGUGCAGCUUUCUUCAGUAUAUGGAAAAGUCAAAACCUUGGCAAAAAGCUUGGUGUGUGAUCCCCAAACAAGACCCUCUUGUGCUGUACAUGUACGGUGCCCCCCAGGAUGUCCGAGCCCAGGCCACCAUUCCACUCCUGGGUUACGUUGUGGACGAUAUGCCAAGGAGUGCAGACCUGCCGCACAGUUUCAAACUGACCCAGUCCAAGUCUGUGCACAGCUUUGCCGCAGACAGUGAGGAACUGAAACAGAAGUGGCUGAAAAUCAUCUUUUUAGCUGUCACAGAGCAGUGGAAAGAGCUCAGUGCUAGAAAGCCUAGUGGGGAGGGACCUGCUUCCCAGAGGCACUGGUAUUGUCACCCGGAGACCUCUCAUUCUGCAGCUAGUCCAUGUUUCACCCGAAGAUAAGCGAAAAACAACAGGAGAAGAAAAUGGUAAAUUUUAGAAUUGGAAUAAGAAUUAUUUAAAAAUUCUUCAUUUUUGCUUGAAUCUUAAAAACACAUUAGACCAGAUUAGACCAGAAAUUAGUGGUUAUAACAAAAGCAGAAUUCCUGUGAAGAGAAGUGGAAUGCAUCAUUUCUCAUGUAAAGGAAAAAAAAAAAAGUAAGUUUUGAGGACCAUAAGUAGACUUGUUUGGAAUAUUACCUUUUUGGUAGUUCAGCUUAUUAGUAAACUGUCGUUAAUGUUUAUGGAGAAUUUAGUGAGAUGCUCAGUAAAUAGAAAUCAGUUAUUUUAAAGAAAAAUUUUUGUGUCUUUUGGAGUGUUUUAAGCUUUUUUCCCCUAGUGUUUAAAAAUGUUUUUACUUUUUUACUUUGAUUUAGAAAUUUAAAUCAUUUAGAUUCUAGUUUAAAAAUUUUAAAUACACUUAAAAUGACUUUGUUUUUUAUUAUAGCAGGGUUAUCUCACCUUCCCUUUUCUGGUGUCACCAUGUACUUGCUAAUUUUGAAUCUUUUGCCCUUCAAGCUAAGAUGAAUAUUAUUUUUAGAAAGAGUUUUGGUUUUUUAUUUUUAUCUUUUUUACUGUCCUUCUCUUGCCAUGCUUACCUACAUAGCACAUACUAUUCUGAUUUUUAAGAUCCACCCACUCCUCCAAUAGCAAAUGUGGAAUAUUAAAAUGAGAAAAACAUGUACUGUCCUUUAUAGCAGUUCUUUGGUUAAAUUGAAAAUAUUUUGAGAAAUGUUGUGUCUGUCAGUGGAUAUUAAAUUGCUUAUUAAGCGCCUGUCCUAUUUAUACUUAUUUAUAUUAGUGAGGUUGGAAUGUUUGACGAAAAUAAUAUAUUUAAUCUUCCUUUUUAGUUCAGUGUUUGGCUCAGACUUUCUUAUUUAUAAGUCUGUAAAAUAACUAAUUACAUUGGUAGCAGAGUACUAUGUUUGUUACUCAUCUGCAGAGAUCUGUUUUCAAUGCAGUUUCAUUCUAGUUAGAUUCUCAUCUAAGAAGGGAUGAUAGUAUUGAUGAAAUUGAAGUUACUUUAAUUAUUUUUUCUAUUAUUAUAGGAGUAUUGGUAGUGAUAGCUUGUUUUUUUUUUUUUAAGGAGUAAAAAAAAAACAAAAACCUAUCAUGAGCAUCUGCAAUGACUAUAGAAAGUUAAUCACUGAAGCAAGUUAAUGAAGUUUAGAUGUUAACAAGUAGUAUUUUUGGAUAGACUGCCAGAGGAUAUGUAGGAACCUAUUAAUUAAGUGUAUCAGGUAGCUUCUUGGUAUAUUAUUCAUCACUUUGUAUUUCUAUAAUAUUUGUUUGGUAUUGAAAUUCUAAGCCUCGAAUUUAAUCAUGUUGAACUAACCUACGAUUCAGCUUCAAAUAUAUAGAAUAAUACUUAAAAUUUCAUUCCUACUAACUUACAUCAUGAAAUAUACCAGAAAACUUAAAAUCAGACUUUAAGAAACUAUAUGGCAUUAAUUAGGUCUCUUUCUUUUAACCCUUUAUUUUCUUCAGUCAUCAUGAAAAGGGCA